AUGUCCGAAAGCAUCAAAAGAAAUGCCAAAUCAUUUACACCUUACAUAGCAAAACCUUCCGAUAUUCCCUCAGUUGAAGCAUCUAUUGAUCCCCUUAGAUAGUUUAGACCGCUGAUGAGAGUUCAAACUUCAACAGACCCUUAGGUCUAAUAGAUGUCAACUGAUCAGCCAUUUUAAACAAACUUAUUUUACAAUCCUCCAUUCACUUCCUUCGAUAUUUCGUAAAGAGUAUCAUUGGAUGGAACUAAUGAUUACUUGUUAAAUCAUUCAAAAAUUGUAGGACCUCUUGUUAAUAGUUCUCUUGAUAGUAAAUCAAUGUAAAAGUAACAUGAAGUCUUGCAAUCUCAAAGUCGUUUUUUCGCUUCGAUGAUGCCAAUCUUCUAUAACUCACCUAUGCAAUCUUGCUAUCCUUAUUUACAUUAGCAAUGCCAAAAUGAUCUGCCACGCCAUUCAAAUAACAGCUUGGAUAAAUAGGUUAAAAUCAACAAAAUCAAUAUGACCUAACCAUACAUUGUGAAUCCAUCCUCUUUACAAUAACCAUAAUAAGUGUAAUCCUAGAUGCAUUUCAAUACAGAAGAUAAGUGGUUAGGUGAUGUUAGCUCUUGUCAAAGUUUGUUUGUAAAGAAAGAGGAGGAUGAUUAGAGUAAACCAAAGGAGACCAGAAAUGAAUAAAAAUUAGCUAAACGCAUUAGAAAGAGAAUUCCAGUUGAAGAGAGUUCGGAUUCAUUCAGAGUCAAUCGAAAGAAAAAGGGACCCAAGGUCAAUGAUACCAAAAAUAUAACCAAAAAUUUUUCAAAAGCAAUCAUCUCUUACAUCAUAAACGAAAAAGAACUUAUUUAAAAAUUCAUGACAAAUGAACAGUAUGAUGGUUUCAUUACUUUAUUAAAGAAUAAAAAGAAUUAAAUGACAAAUAUCAAAUAACUUCGAGACUUGUGGGUAGACACAGGUAGAAAUCCAGAAUUUAAUAAAGUUUUUAGAAUAAUCAGUCAAUACUUUCUAAAAUGUUAGGCUGUUCCAUACGUUUACAAUUCAAGAAUAUCAAACACAGCUUGGCAUCUCAAAUAUAGAUAUAACUUACUGAGAGCCGUAAGAGAACCAGAAAACUUUAAAUUUAUUAAAGAUAUUUGA